UUAAAGACAGUUUGGCACACCUCAGGGGUCUCGAGUCGGUCUGCGUUUCAGGGAUUGUGGACGGGGGGAUUGCAGUCUUGUUGGGUGGGGGUUAAACUUUACAAGAAUGAGGACGAUUCUCACAGUUCUGGCUCUGGUCCUCUCUUCUGCUGCAACAGCCAGUUCCAGAACACGUUUUACUCGAUAUCGCUCAUGGAAUUCCCGCAUGUACCCGGUGUGGAGAGAUGGUGACCCCAGAUAUAGAGACUGCUGGACAGGUGGAGAAGUGACAUUUGCCAUCAGGAACGAUGGCCCCACCCUGACGGGCUCCAAGGCCACCUUCAACAUUGAUGUUCGUCCUCCCCAGAACCAGACUGUGCUGCCUGAUGGGCAGGUGGUGUGGACAAGGAACUGCACUGUUAACGGGACGCAGUAUGUUGAAGGUCAGCCGGUGUACCCAGAACUUGACACUCCUCAGGAAUGGACCGGUGUGUUUCCUGAUGGAACGCCCUUCAUUACAACGUCCACCAGAAAGCCACGGUACAUCUACGUGUGGAAAACUUGGGGUCGUUAUUGGCAGGUAGCUGGUGGCCCCUCCUCUUCACUGUCUAUUGGCACAGAUAAUGUGCCCCUGGGUUCCUAUAACAUGGAGUUGGUGAUCUACCACUGCCGUGGAAAAGACAAGUUCAUUCCUCUUGGAUACGCAUCCACGCAGUUUUCUAUCACAGAUCAAAUCCCCUUUGCAGUGACUCUGUCCCAGAUCGGUGACGUUAACCAGGCCGAUCAGAGCUUCAUCCAGAAUCGACCCGUGUUGUUUAGCAUCAGCCUCCAUGACCCCAGCCAGUAUCUCAGCGGCUCUGACCUCACCUUCAACUGGGACUUCGGGGACAACAGUGGAACCCUGAUCUCUCGGGAACCGUCUGUUAGCCACACUUACCUUUCAGCAGGCUCUUUCAGACCACAGGUGGUUUUGAUGGCUGCCAUCCCAAAUGGAUGUGACCCAAACCCCACCCUUCCUCCAGCACCUCCUGGUGUGGUCACCACAGGAGGUCCAGUCAUUGAUCCGUCUGUUGGCCCUGCAGAAGCAGUGGCGGUAGCCUCGAUAAAUCCACCAGUUCUUGCCCCCACUGAGCAGUCUGAUAUUGCUCUAGCGGUUCCUGCCUCUGAGGUUCCACCUGCUGAUAAUAUCGCUUUGGCUGCCUCCCCUGAGCCUGUUGCACCUGCAGUAGAAGAAGGAGUAGCAGCUUCAGCUGAUCCAGUGGUAGCCAAUGACUUAGCUGUGGCCACAGCAGAAGCAGAAGCAGAUACCGCUGCUCAGGAAGUGGCCGUGGUUGCUGAAGAUCCAGCCGCUGUGGCUGCUGAUGAUGCUGCCGCUGGCGAAACAGCCACAGUUGCCACCGCAGGUGCAGAACAGGCAGCAGAUGGCCUUGUGGUAAUCGAUGCUGCUGCCUCACUUGCUCCUGCUGGGGAAGCAGAGGAGGGCACAGUCCUUCCAGAAGCUCCAGUUGUGGACACAGCAGAAGGUGCCGUGGACAAUACAGCUGUAGAGGUCCCAGCAGCUGCUGAAGAUACUGAGGUAGACACAGUAGCACCUGCUGCAGAUGUGGUUGUUACCAAUGUUGCCACAGAUGCUGCAGUUGUUCAGGUGGUGCCAUCGGUGGUGCCAGUUGAGGGUGAAGUUGUGGAAACAGUAAAUGAAGCUGCACUGGAUGAAGCAGAAAUUGCUGCAAGUGAAGCUGCAGUUGCAGCUGCAGCCACUCUACCUCCAACCACACAGAACGAGAUAGUAGCUGAAGUGGAGGCAGGCACAGAAGCACCACAGGUCGCUCUGGUCAUCGCUAAACGGCAGGCUCCAGAAAUGCCAGCAGAGGGAAACUGCAUGAUUUACCGCUACGGCUCUUUCUCCACCACUUUGGAUGUAGUUCAGGGAAUUGAGAGUGUGGAGAUUGUGGACGUAAACAAUGUGGCGGUUCUGGCCACAGAAGUAGAGCAGAAUGCUGUGGACCUCACCAUCACCUGCCAAGGAAGUCUGCCGAACGAGGUGUGCACUGUGGUGUCUGACGCAGACUGUGCCAGCCCUGUACAGACUGUGUGCAACUCCGUCACUCCAACCACUGAGUGUCAGAUGGUCCUUCGCCAGUUCUUCAACGACUCUGGAACUUUCUGCAUUAAUGUGUCCCUCACCAAUGAUGUCAGUUUUGCUGUGACCAGUGCACGGGUCAGCGUGACCGUAGGUACACCUUCCACUGCAGGAGGCACUGCUACUGCAGUACUUGGCGUACUUGUGCUUGUCUGUGCUGUAGGUGGUAUUGCUUUGACAUACAGGCGGUUUAAGCAGUAUCACCCCCUGAACGAGGACUCAGGCAGCAGUUUGGGAAGCUCUGGAUGGACAUCUGUGCCGUUGCUGCUGUGGAAUCUACUGAGCCGACAGUCGACUGGCGAAAGCCGCCCGCUGCUUCAGGGAAGAGUGGUGUGAACAUCACUAAAGCACACUUUCACAAAGCAUCGUUAAUACAGCCACUGCACUCAAGGAACAAACGACACCAAAGGCUGUACUUUUACUAUACACACACAUAUAUAUACACCAACCAGCCACUUCAUUAAAUCCACCUCCUUGUAUCUGUGCCCUCUGAGAUCUAUAUGGUACAGCAAAGUUAAUUUAUUACUUUUUUGGGCAAUAUUUUAUCCCAAUUUCAUAACCAACAUAUCUGUUACAACUCAUUACCAAUGUUUAUCAUUUAUUUUUUGCCUUUUUUAUUAGAUAAAAUUGCCAAAUUCUAUAUUUUGAUACUUAGAUUUAACGAUUAGUUUUAAUAAUUAGCUUCCUUAAAAUACUUAGUCAGACAACAGUAUACACAUUAUAAAGAGCAAAGUUUUUCUUGGUAAUGAGAAUGUGGGCACUUAAAUUGGAAAACGUUCCUGAAAGUAUAUUUACAUUUAAAUAAAUUAAAUCAUUCAGGUUUACGUUUGGGAAAAUAACCUCAUAUUUCAUAAAAACAAUGAACCAAAACACAUAAAGAAUUGUACAGAACGCACGACUUCUCUCUAAUGUAUUGAUGCUGUCUUGAAAUAAACGAAUGAAUGCAA